CGAAGCGGGCGGAGGGUCUUCGUUGAUUUUCGUGAAAAAGGAACGUAACCGGGGAGAGCUCUGGAUUCUAUCAACGGGAAGAGCAGCGUCACUUCGGAUUAACCAGCUGGAUGCCGGGAGAGAAGGAACCACGUGUGAGAUCUGCUGGCACCAGAAGCUGAGCUGUCUCUGCAAAGCAUGAUGGGACCUUUGCAGAGUCUCCUCCUCCUUUUCCUUACCUGCUCCGUAGGGGAGGGGGCCUCUGUGUUCCCCACCUUCGCUGUGUCGGACACCUCCCUCACUCACCUUGCGGUGCACAAACACACCGGCGAUGUCUAUCUUGGAGCCGUCAACCGAAUCUUCAAACUCUCCGAGAAUCUGACGGAGUUACGUUCCCAUCUCACCGGCCCCAUUGCAGAUAAUUCAAGCUGUUACCCUCCCCCAAGCGUGCGCGUCUGCACCCACAAACUGUCCCCCACCGAUAAUGUCAACAGGCUGCUGCUGAUAGACUACACGGGCAAGCGGGUGGUGGCCUGUGGCAGCGUGUGGCAGGGCAUCUGUCAGUUCCUGCGGCUCGACGACCUCUUCAAGUUGGGCGAGCCCCAUCACCGCAAGGAGCACUAUCUGUCGGGAGCUCGCGAGCCAGACUCUAUGGCGGGGGUCAUUGUGGACCAGGACGUGGAGCAGAGCAAGCUGUUCAUUGGUACGUCCAUAGAUGGCAAGUCGGAGUAUUUCCCCACCCUAUCCAGUCGCAGGUUAGUGCAGGACGAGGAGAGCGCCGAGAUGUUCCGCUUGGUGUAUCAGGAUGAGUUUGUCUCCUCCCAAAUCAAGGUGCCCUCCGACACCCUGUCCCUGCACCCGUCCUUUGACAUAUACUACGUGUAUGGAUUUGUUAGCAAGAUCUUUGUCUAUUUCCUCACACUCCAACUGGACACACAACAGACGUUGCUGGAUGCCACGGGGGAGAAAUUCUUUACGUCAAAAAUUGUGCGAAUGUGCUCCGGCGACCUGGAGUUUUACUCUUAUGUGGAGUUUCCCAUUGGCUGCACCAAAGAUGGAGUGGAAUACCGGCUCAUACAAAGCGCCUAUCUGAGUCGGCCGGGCCGGAAAUUGGCACAGGCGCUGGGCAUCCCCGAGGAUGAAGAAGUCUUGUUUACGGUUUUCUCCCAGGGACAGAAGAACCGCUCCAACCCACCUCGGGAGUCCGUCCUCUGCCUCUUCACCCUUAGCCAAAUCAACCUUCAUAUCAAGAUGCGCAUCCAGUCUUGCUACCAUGGAGAAGGAAAACUGUCCCUGCCGUGGCUGCUCAACAAGGAGUUAUUCUGUAUCAGCACGGUGAGUGGGUGCAUUGGGGCCUUCACUGAAGCACAGGGUCCCUCUCCGUGGCGCUUCCACCUGAGCAGCCAGGAACAUUACCCUUCCCACCAUCUUUCAUUUAUAGAGCUCUGCCAUACAGUGCUGUGCGGCUGUGCCAAGGGCAGGAGGGAAUGAGGCUCAGCUUGUUGGAAUGAGUGUAAGGGCAGGGGGUUGGUUAUAUGGGGAGCAAAUGUUGCACUAGGUCGCUGGUACAAAGGCAAGUUCAUACACGCAAGGAAGGAUAGGGUUAAUAAGGUUUGAGCCAAAAGUGCUACUGUACCAUAUGGGGUCCCAGUAGGUGGUCCCUCUGUGUUAUUUGGGGUGAGAGGUACCCUAGUGUGUGGGGGCAGCAGCUUUGUCAUCACUAACCCCCACCCCGGGGCACAGCCUGAAGCCCUCUGCAGCCUCUUUCCUUUCUGCUCCUAUUCAUACUUCAGUCUCUUUCAAGCCCUGCCUGGUUGCUAUGGUUACCAAGACCCUAGCAACCAGAUAGCUGCUAAAAUUCCAAACUGGAGAGCUGCUCAGCGAAAAGCUAAAUAACUGAAAAACCACAACAAAUAAAAAAUGAAGACCAA